CACAUAUGCAGAAAGGGAAGGGAGAUCCACAGAGACCAUUGUUCAUUUCCAUCCUAGACAGCAGGCAGUGAUUAAAUAUGCCACUUCUGCUCCACUAAUUCAUUCACUUUGAAAUUCUGCUGCCGAGCAGAGUGCAUCUUUUUCUGUUAAAGGGCCACAUUGUUUUCACAGGACUUUGGCCUCAUUAGCAGGAGUAGAUGCUUGGUGUGGGGGAGGGGAAACCGGCCACAGAGACAUUGUGUCUUUCUGUCCAUAAUGAUGUGACACAGUCAAUUUGGAGAUGCUUAUGUUGAUUGGGGGGUGUCGGCAAAAACAUUUGGCCAUUUACUUCUGUGUCCUUCGAAUGUCAUUGUCCAUGCAUAUGUCUUACCUUCCAAAAUGGACAACGCAUUUCAAGACGAGUCUCUUGGGACACACAAUUAGACAUUUCUGUCUUUUUCCUGUGAAUAUUUUCCCUGACGAGGUCAGCUGUCUGUAUUGCAGCUGUACCAAAGUAUGAAAAACCUGUUGCCUUCUGUUCUUCUUGGGAUUCCCUAAUACUACCGGGACCAUCCAUUCUCGGGAUGAAGGUGGCAUCAACUACGUGAGUAUUAAGUACAGAGAGAGACUCUGGGCUCACGUAGCCUGGUCUAAAGGCUUAUCAGAGGCUAAGCCAGAGGGGAAAAAAACAGUAAAGCUAGUCUCAGUCGACCAGAGGUACGGGCACAAGGCCAUCUGUCCAUUCUCUGAAUACAACUGACAACAAAGGAGGGCAACUCCGCACUCAGGGAAUCAUACACACUCUGGAGCAGCAAACGUUAACUCAUCUUGGAUUGACAGGGUAAGAAGAGUUGGUGAAGAACAUAACUGGCAUCUUUGCGCUGUCUCAACCUCCAUCACUUCUCAGCUGUUCACAAGUUCCUCUGCUGCUGGAGUGUCAUGGAAAGAGGGACCACAUUUCAUUUAACAGCUUAUAGACAGUCUGUUUGAAGCAUCUAGACCCAAGAGAAGAAUGAAUAUGAAUGAGAAGGAGGGAGGAGUAUUGGAGGGGGGGCUAAAUGUCACCCUCACCAUCCGCCUGCUAAUGCAUGGAAAGGAAGUUGGAAGUAUCAUUGGGAAGAAAGGAGAGACUGUCAAAAAAAUGAGAGAGGAGAGCGGAGCCCGGAUUAAUAUAUCUGACGGUUCCAGUCCAGAGCGCAUUGUCACCAUCACUGGACCGUCUGAGGUCAUUUUCAAAGCCUUUGCCAUGAUUGCAGAGAAGUUUGAGGAGGAUAUCCUGGCAUCCAUGAUAAACAGCACUGUGACAAGCAGGCCUCCUGUGACACUGCGUCUCGUCUUCCCCGCCAGUCAGUGCGGUUCACUCAUUGGCAAAGGAGGCUCAAAGAUCAAAGAGAUCAGAGAGAGCACAGGUGCCCAGGUCCAGGUCGCAGGAGACCUACUGCCUGAUUCGACUGAGAGAGCUGUGACCAUCUCAGGCACCCCCCACGCCAUCACACAAUGUGUGAAACACAUCUGCACCAUCAUGCUGGAGUCACCACCUAAAGGAGCCACCAUUCCAUACCGACCCAAACCCUCCGCAGGUGGCAGCCACACAGUGUUGACGCAACCACAUGCUGCGCCGGCAUUUGCUAUUCCAGGACAGUUUGCCAUUCCACCCCAAGACUUGACCAAGCUUCACCAGUUGGCUAUGCAGCAUAUCCCCCUUACCUCCCUUGGGCAGAGCAACCCCACCUUCCCUGGUCUGGAGGCCUCCAUUGCAACCAGUUCUCAUGAGCUGAGCAUACCUAACGAUCUCAUAGGCUGCAUCAUUGGCAGACAGGGCAGUAAGAUCAAUGAGAUUCGCCAGAUGUCUGGUGCCCAGAUCAAAAUUGCCGGGGCCACAGACGGUUCGGCAGUGCGCCACGUCACCAUCACAGGCUCCCCAGCCAGCAUCAGCGUGGCUCAGUACCUCAUCAGUGCGAGUUUAGAGAUGGCUAAACUGAGCAUCCAGGCUGCAUCGUCCUCCUCCUCCAGCACACCUAUCGACCUCAGCCUGGGCUUCCCCCAGUCCACCUCCUCCGCCUCCACACCCUCUUCCAUGGCCGUCCUGGCUGCUCCCCCCUCUGCUAUUAAUGUCCACUCCCCUUCGUCCGUCUCCUCCAUCCCCGGUGCCCACUACGCAUUGCCUGUUUCCAGCCUGUUUGGCAUGAAAACCGUCCCCCUGCUGGCAGUGCACGCGGCCACCUCCGCAGGCCUUCCGACUGGCCUCACCCCCUACACCGCAAAGAUCCCCACCUCGUCCAGCAUCAAAAAAUCAGAGCGGCAGAAGUUUGCCCCAUACUGAGCGGCCAUGGUCUUUAUUCUCAUCAGUUAUGUUGUAUUUCUUUGUUAUUCAUUCAUGAAUAUUAAGUAGAUUGAAAGUGUUUCUCCCCGCCCCCUCUGUUUUUUAAGAGGACCUAUUAUGCUUUUUUACAUUUUCAACUUUCUUUAGUGUGUAAUGUUGAUGUUUGAGGAAAAAGGUCUGCAAAGUUACACAGCACAAAGCCACUUCAAAGGGAGUUAUUCUCCAUAUCAGUAAGCACUGUUUCUUAUGGAAGCUUAUUUCUGCCAUGAAAUAAAAUCAAAAAAGGUAAUUGCAACUUUUUAUCUCACAAUUCUGACUUUUUUUCUCAGAAUUGCAAGAUAUAAACUCACAAUUGCAAGUUAUAAAGUCAGAAUUGCAUGAUAUAAAGUCAGAAUUGCGAGUUAUAAAGUCAGAAUUACGUGAUAUAAAGUCAGAAUUACGUGAUAUAAAGUCAGAAUUACGUGUUAUAAAGUCAGAAUUACAUGAUAUCAAGUCAGAAUUGCGAGAUAUAAAUUCUGAGAAAAAAGUCAGAAUUGCAAAUUUAUAUCUGACUUUAUGAGACGGAAUUGCGAGUUUAUAUCACACAAUUCUGACAUUAUAAGACGCAAUUGUAAGUUUAUAUCUCGCAAUUCUGAGAAAAAAAGUCAGAAUUACCUUUUUUAUCUAUUAUUUAGUGGCGGAAACAAGCUUUGAUAGUUUAUGAACCUCCCGAAACGCCUCGACUGUAAUUUUGAGUUGUCUUCCGGUAAUGUACACAUCACAAUAUUCCUCAUUUAAAUAAUUCCCGCUCAAGCCAUAUGCAAAAAAAAAAAAAAGGAGCAAGGCCUGGUUGAGUUGAGUUAGUAGUGUGUUGAAAGUUGCGGUUAUGGUAAGGGGCGUUUCCAAAACACACUCAAAGUGGUUGACCAAUAGCAACACACUGGUCCAGUCAAUCAGAGCACAUUGUGCUUUUCGUAAGAAGGGGCUUCAUAGACAGAAACUAAACAGAGUGUUACUGACAGACUGGAAAGAGAGGUGCUGCAACAAUGUAAAAUAUGUUAAAAAUUCAAGCAUGUAAACUGAUUCUAAUAGAUCCCAAAAACAAAAUCAAGACUUUGUAAAAGGGCAUAAUAUGGCCUCUUUAAUGUCUCUGUGCAAUAUUUCACAAACAAGGAAUGGCGAGUGCAUGACAAGAUUAAUCGCUCCUUAUAUUGUCUUCCAUUUUGUUUGCAGUUUCAUUCUGAAGUUAAGAUAUCCAUCUCGCUCUGUAUAAUUUAUCUGACACUGCUCCUGUUUUUUUUUUUUUUUAAGAAAAGCCAAAGCCAAAAGAAACUUGAUUUAUUGGUACUAUGCAGCUCACGGUGUUGUGUGUGCGUGUUUUUCUUAGAUAUAUUUAUAUCUUAGAGCGAUCUUAAAUGUGCUGAUUAGAAUGGCUGUCAUCAUUGUUAUUGUAUCACAAUUCAAUAUAAAAAGUAAUUUAAAAGAGAGUGUCAUGCUCUGCCUCUCAUACUGAUGAUGUUAUUCAGAGUUUAACCUACUAUAACAUUAUGUCAGAACAUACAUCAAUAUACUUUUUGCAAAUACUUUUUAAUUAACUCUGCAGAAAAAGUUACAGUAAAACAAAGGCACAUCCUAGUACCAGGGCGUCAGAGAAUCCUGAGCCCUGUGAUGACAUCCUUUCAAUGCCAUGGGCCCCCUAAUAUGAUGAAAUGAAUAUAUUUAUCAGCACUAUAUUUUCAUGUAUUUAAACCUAUUUAUACUGUGUGGGGAAAAAAUGUGAUAUAUUUAAAAUUUAAUUGAAUAAUUGGCUUUUAUAUUGCCACUGUAUUAACGACAAAACAAACUAUUAAAAUAUUAUCUGGAAAAUAUUUACUUUGUAUCAAGUUCACAGCGAAUAACUACUCAAGUACUGUUAGAUGUGUAAACAUGUUUUCAUAGAUAUUCAUUGUGAUUUUCACAAUGAAUAUUGUUGCAAAGCAGUUUUAUAAGUAGAAUAAUGGCCAUUAAAAAUAUUUAACAUAUAAAAAUAUAUGACAGUUACUGUUUAAACGUUUGGAGUCAGUAUGAUUUUUUAAAUAUUUAAUACUUAAUAUUAAUACUUUUAUUCAGUAAAGAUGCAUUAAUUUGAUCAAAAGUGAUACUAAAAACAUUUAUAAUGUUACAAAAGAUUUCUAUUUCAACUAAAUGCUGUCAUCAAAGAAUCCUGAUUAAAAUAGUUUCAACAAAAAUAUUAAGCAGCACAACUGUUAUCAACACUGAUAAUGAUAAGAAAUGUUUCUUGAGUAGCAAAUCAGCAUAUUAGAAUGAUUUCUGAAGGAUCAUGUGACACUGAAGACUGGAGUAAUGAUGCUGAAAAUUCAGCUUUGCCAUCAUAGGAAUAAAUUACAUUUUAAUAUAUAUUAAAAUAUAAAAGUUAUUUUAAACUAAUAAUAUUUCACAGUAUCACUUCUUUACUGUAUUUUUGAUCAAAUAAAUGCAGCCUGGGUAAGCAUAAGAUACAAAAAUGUAAAAAAGUCCCAAACUUUUGAAUGGUAGUGUAUGUAUUUUAUAUCAUUUUGUUUUUUUUUCUCUUUCUCUAAUUUUCUGUGAACCCCCAUAACACUCCCUUGCAACCCGUGGGGGUCCCAGGACACCAGUUUGAAAAGCCCUAGUAAGACCUAUACUUUGUGUUAAAGUAAAAUAAUAUCUACUAAAAUGUGUUAUUUUUUCCCUAAGCUUAGAUAAACAAUGACACCAUGAAACUGUGACACAGCACAUCUAUGCUUCUCAUGCCCAGCAGGGUUAAUUAUCAGAUGUACAACUGUUUUUAACAAUAAUUUGAUCUGUUCUUCUGUAUCUGAUUGUGUUUUCCCCUCCUAGGCUGUCCUCAGUGAUAGCAAGUCUGAGGCCACUGUAGUGCAACAUUUACAGCUAAACAUUAAUCUGAUUGGAUUACCCUAAAGACAUAGUGGACUCUUAUGGACUCAGACACUACUCAAGAAUUCCUGGCUACAUGAUGCAAAUUGUUUUCUAACUUGAAAACUAUGUAUUAAACAGAUGCGCUGUAACAGUAGUUUUUUAAAUGUGUCAACCAUUCAAUGUAAGACAUGUAUUUGUAUUUGUUUUGAAAUUCUGUACACAUUUCACUGUUAAAGUAUGACAAAUCAAUGUGCUUUUGACAUUAAAUGUAGACAUUCUUUAA